AACGCGGCCCUCAUGAUAACCUACUUUUAUAUCUGACAAACACGGUGACAACUUUUACCACAGUCUCUGAACACUGGACCUUCCUUCAUGCAUUUAGCAUAUUAAAUGCACGCUUCGUACUAUGUUUAAGACAAAUGUCAGUUCAAAGUUACCGAAAACAACUUCUGAUUUUGUCACUCCAGUCAGCCGAUUCGAGGAGAAACAAGGUGCAGAGCAAGCAGAGCACACAGAUGUUUGGCUUCUGGGCGAUAGGGAACAAUCUUCAAGAAUGGAACGUGCUGCUCCUGUGCGUCCUCUCUCCUUUGUGCCCCCGAUGCCUGGACGGUGUUCCUUGCGAGUGAGGUGUCUUUGUCCAACCUGUGGUUUCCCGGAAGAAUAAGCUACCAGUUGGACACUUGAGCCUCCUGGCCCCGUUUCCUCUACCUACUGGGCACAAGAGAGCUCCCGUGACAUCCAUGCAAGCAAAACAGGUCAAAAGAUCAGCGGCAUGGCAUCGGAAGUCAGGUUUACGGAUCACAGAUGUAUAAAUAACAGUAUAAUGGAGAGAGAGAGUGUGGAGAAGCGAAGUGGCAAGUGAACUGAGCAAAACCUGCCAGAAUCCUGCUCACUGUACGCAUACGUGGAACUAAGAAACACUGGAGCUGCUGCAGCACCCACUUCAAAAAGAUAACAACUCAAGGAAGCAUGGUCGUGGAUGUGGAGGGGAUUAUUUGGUGCAUCAGGCACAGGGAUGAGAAUGGCGUUCACAACCAGCUGCAGGAGUUCAACAGAGAGUAUGCCCAGUGUUUCUUCUUUGACGCAGAGGACAGGGACAAAAGGAACCAACGGAAGCUGGAAGAGUUCAGGAAGUAUAAAGUAAGAGAUGGCACCGAUUCUGACUCUGAUUGUGAAGGGAAUGACCAAGAAGACCGGGGUCUCCUCCUCAGACAGAGUCUGGCUGUGGUGCUGGUGAGGUUUAUACGAACUGGAGUUCACUGUCGUCUUCUGAGAGUAGCACUCCAUACCCUGAGGAUACUCUCCAGAGACAAGAGGGUCCUGGGCCCUUUGGUCACCGACAGCGCCCUCCUCACUCUGGCCAAACUAGCUGGGCUGAGCACGAGUGACGCAAUCGAUGACCCCAGCGACGCUGACUCCAGUUUCUAUGACAACAUCAUCUGUUCCCUCGCCAAGGUCAAAGCACCAAAGUGUUGCGGCGAUGGCAGCGACACCGAAGUCAACGACCAGAAUGAAGAGUGCUGUGCAUUUGAGGAUGAUGCCAAGAAUGAAGACAGUGCCACCAACUGCAGCGACCUGGACAGCAUCAGCUGGCCUGGAAGCCACAGGCCCAGCAUUAAUGAAACGCACAGAGGCAGCAUCCAUCACAAGGAACUACAGCGAGGGAGGAAGGACCGGCGUGAGAGCAAGAUGGACGGCGACGAUGAAGAGGAUGGGGCGUCAGGAGAGGAGAUGCAGAAGAAAGAGGCCUUGAAGGUGUUGUGUAAUGUGGUCUAUAACAGCACCUGGGCACAGGAGAGAUUCAGUGUACUCAGGCUGAUAUGUGGCCUGAAAGAGCGCAUCUCCUCCAGUAUCAGUUGCCCGUCUUCCUCUAGUGUUCAUUUCUACGAAUUACGACUCACCUUCCUCAUCACUGCACUGCGACCUGAACUCAGCACUCAGCUUCAGCAGGAGGGAGGUGUCUCCAUCCUCUCAGCUGCCCUGGAGAGCUACCUGGACGUGCAAUGGAAGGAGCAGUACGAGUGUGUACAGGACCCAUCGGCGCCACCCAUUUCUCUGGAGACCUCUCAGCGCAUCAUUGAGAUCCUCAAAAUCCUCUUCAACGUCACGCACAGAACCCACAGGCAGACCCCGAGUGAGGCUGAUGCGGCUCUAUACCGCCAUCUAGUGGCAAUCCUGCAUCUCUGCAUGACGCGGAAGUGCUUGUUGCUGGAGGACACUGAUGAACUGCAAGGUCACACAGUCAACCUGUUGUCGGCGCUGCCUCUGCAGUGUCUGGAUGUUCUUCUGAUGGUGCCACUGGAGCUCGACUCAGAGCAGUACCAGGGAGUCAAUAUGGACUUUGUCCACACCCUGCUGAUGUUCAUGGAGCGACGCCUGGAAGCAGGAGAUAAAGUCAAAGAGAAACUGACUCCAGUCCUCAAUCUACUGACAGAAAGCUGCCGGGCCCAUAAAGAAACACGCCAUUACAUCAGGAAAUAUAUCCUGCCUCCUCUGAGAGAUGUUUCCCAGAGGCCGGAGGAAGGCUGCACUUUGAAGAGUCGCCUGAUCCGUCUCAUGACUCACCUGGACACGGACCUCAAACACUGCGCCGCUGACCUCAUUUUUGUGCUCUGCAAGGAAAAUGUGAGGCGUUUCGUCAAGUACACAGGCUACGGCAACGCAGCAGGCCUCCUCGCCACCAGAGGCCUGCUGGGUGGCCCGGCGUCCAGCGCCUUCAGCAGCAACGCCUUGUACUCCAGCGACUCAGAUUCAGACACCGAGGAGUACCGCCAAGUUAAAGAUCGCAUCAACCCGGUGACAGGGAGAGUGGAAAGGGAGCAGGCAGACCACAUGGAGGGGAUGACAGAGGAGGAGAAGGAGGAGGAGGCGAAGAGGCUCAUUAGGCUUUUCAACAAGCUGUCCAGGUGUGUUGAAAUCAACAUAAUCAGGCAAGUCCAUCAGCAUCGUAACUACGUUAACGUUUACCGCAGGGAUAACAUCAUUCAGCCAAUGGGAGUGGACGCAGAUGGGAAGCUGGUCCCGAUGGCAGGACUGAGGGAGAACAGCCUCACAGAAGAGUCGGCAUCAGACACAGAUGAAGUAGAGAAGGACUCAAAUCAGUGAAGUCCAUUCUAUCUAUUUCUUUCUUUGCUACUUUAAAUGCUCGGAUAUUUGUCAUAAGUGGUGGAGACACGAGUUUUUAACUGUUUUAUUUUAUUUUAUUUGGCCCCCCAGGAUAUUCAUUCAUUCAUUCAUUUUCUACCGCUUUUCCUCACGAGGGUCGCGGGGGUGCUGGAGCCUAUCCCAGCUGUCUUUGGGCGAGAGGCGGGGUACACCCUGGACUGGUGGCCAGCCAAUCACAGGGCACAUAUAGACAAACAACCAUUCACACUCACAUUCAUACCUAUGGACAAUUUGGAGUCGCCAAUUAACCUAGCAUGUUUUUGGAAUGUGGGAGGAAACCGGAGUACCCGGAGAAAACCCUCGCAUGCACGGGGAGAACAUGCAAACUCCACACAGAGAUGGCCGAGGGUGGAAUUGAACCCUGGUCUCCUAGCUGUGAGGUCUGCGCGGUAUAGCCUUCACUCCUCUGAUUUAACUGUCUUCAUUCAUCAUCCAAUUAAGUGUGAAAUGUGAUUAUGAUUAAACACAUGAUGAACAGAAUGAGUGUCGAUCUUGUAAUUGGCAUUGCGCAUAAAUCUUACUUUAAGUACGUAAUUCCAGAGGCACAAGAGGAAAACAUGAGGUUUGUGCAAGUCCUAUGCAAAUGAUUCAUUGUAAACGUUGGUGACUUUGGCAAUAGAAAAGAAAAGGGCAACGUCAGCCUAUGACCAUCUCUUCCAGCGACAACUGCAGUUCCACAGACUGCAGGGAGGAAGCGCCGCCCUCAACUGCCAGGUUCUUCAAGAUCUCCAGCGACGUGAUAACCACCUGAAGAUGGAGGUAGAGGAAUAUGAAUUACAUCAGCGUCAGGCUGCACACCCACACAAAAACCCGCUUACAGUUAGUCCAGAACUCUGCGGCACGGCUUUUAACAGGAACCAAAAAAUUCUGGCCUCCCUGCAUUGGUUGCCUGUUCGCUUUAGGAUUGAUUUUUAAGAUUUUAUUGUUUGUUUUUAAGGCGUUGAAUGGGCUGGCCCCCAAAUACAUCUCGGACCUCAUCCAAAUUUACUCUCCAGCGCGGUCACUGAGGUCCGAGGGCCAGCUCCAACUUGUGGUGCCCAAGACGAGACUUAAGACCAGGGGGGACUGAGCCUUUUCUGUGGUUGGCCCCAAGCUAUGGAACUCUCUCCCCUCCCAAGUAAAAAACUCUUUAAGUCUCGUCUUAAAACCCACUUUUAUUCUCUGGCUUUUAACUCGGAGUGACUAGUACGGUCCUGUGUCUUUUAGUUCUUUUUUUUUUUUUUAAUUGGUUUUACUUUUGAUACUUUUAUUGCUUUGCUUCUUGUUUUUAAUAUUUUAAUAUCUAUUUUAUUUCUUAUUUGAUCUUUUAGUUUUGAUUAAAUUCAAUUUGUACCCAUAUUUAUUGUAUUUUAUUUUUACUUUUUAUUUUACUAGUCUGUGCAGCACUUUGGAAACUCUGUUUAUAAAAUGUGCUAUAUGUGCACAUAUAAAUAAAGUGGAUUGGAUAGUUUACCAAUUUCCAUGAAACUUGGAGUAGUGGGCAUGAGUCAAGGAGAAUCCAUUCCAAUAAGAAGUGGGAAUUAAGUACUUUUUACUGUAAUGUCUAAAUUCAGACAUUUGCAUGGGGCGAGCAUUGAAUUCAUAUUUAUGGUCAGAAAAUGAACAGCCUAGUUCACAUUAAUGCAUGUUUACUUUAUUUUUGUCUAACUCUUUUCUUUGUCUAUUUUUUUGUUUUUCCUUUUGAAGAAGGUUGGUAUAAAUCGAUUGGUGCAUGUAUUUUUUUUCUAUUUUUUGCAUGUAUUUCACUGUCUAAUAAAAGCUUUACACUGGACUAAGGAGCAGAAAAAAAGACCGCAACAUGUUAUCGUCAGUGCACGUGUUAAUGCAUGAUCAAAGCAUGUAAAUACGUGUGUCCCAAUGACAUCUGUUGUUAGCUAGCUCAUAUUAAGUAAUUUCUCGUGUUAUAAUGCACAGAAAAAGGAAAGAAAUGGGGAAAAUAACGAUAAGUAAUUAUUUGAUUACACUCAUUUGCCCAACAUUGAUUUUAAAUCAUGUUAAGUUUGACCUCACCUCCACCAUGAUGAGUUUCUUGUUCCAAGGUCUGUUGUCUGGAUCAGGCCACUUCUCACCCAAGCAGAGGAAAAGAGAGCAGGGCCCACACGAUUUGCCUCCAAUAAAGUCCAGAAUUCCUGGAGGAGUUUACACAAUGAUUCCAGCCAUCAGGGCAAGUAAACACACCACUGAGUCAAAUCCUACCUUGGAUAAAGUCCUUGAACUGGUAAAGUGGUUGUCGCUGCAGCUUGGAGAUCUCUUGUUUCUGACCGCUUUGGUCGAACUGAGAGAAACUCCAAAACGCUUUGAUUUCACCUCGCCGUUGGCCGUAAAUUAUGUCACCUGACACGCCCAAAUCCAAGCCUUCGCCCAGCUUGUCAAGGAUGCACUGGGUCAGCUUGGCCUGGGUUUGAUCUCUAAUGGUGGUGGGACUGGGCAGGGAGACCAAAGACAGGCCUGACUCCUUGUCCAUCAUGGGCUCCGUCAUCUGGGGCCUAAAAGUAAAGAUGAUGUAUUUACCGCUGCAAUUAUCUGCAGUCUCCUACGUAUAGCACCGGGUGUUUGGUCUACGAAAACAAGUAACCGCCUGGAUCUCUAAUUAGCUCUGGGUCAAAAAACACAUGCAUCAGCUAUGGCUGUAGGCGACCUCCUUAUCAUUCAGCUGCUUUAUCUACGUCGACAUGUAAAUUAAAAUGUUUCUCAGUGUCACACAUCAAAGCUAUUCAUGCUGGCUAAGAAAGGUGCCUCUUAGUGCAAUUACAACAUUGGUUCUGUUUAUUAUAUUUAUGUUAAUUAUCUAAAUUAAAAAAAAGAGUCUUGAACCAGUCAUGAUGUGCUAUAUAUAUAUAUCACUAUAUUGACACUUACUAUGGUACCCAUUAUGGGUAUGAUGCUCAUAUCACCUCCUACUUCGGUACAGGACAAAAUUAAAAUAUAUUAAAAAAAAUUAAAACAGUACUUCAGUACGAGGUGCAUUAUUUAAAAAAAUAAACAAAAACCUUAAACUGUAUUAUGGAAAGCAGGAAGUGAACAAAUGUAACAGUUACUGAUUGUAAAAGUACCAGAUGGAGGGGUAGGAUUUAAUAAGCUUUGCUUCUUCCUACUCCUUUUGGACAUGUGGAACUGUGAACUGAUUAUGGGAUGCAUUCAAUUGUAAUCUGAUGCAUGUUCAAAUGAAAUAAAACCAUAACCAUUACCAUAAAUGAAGCAUUUUCAAUCAUAAAAAUGGCUAAAUGAAUUAAACUCCAAAUUCAA